AUGAUCAGAUCUUUCAUCCAGGAAAUAUUUUUAUAUAAAAUUAAAUGGAAUAAUAACUAUAACAAAUGUUUAAAACUGCAGUUGUUUUAUCUUGUAACAGACUUCAUUUCCAGCCACUACCAGCUGGGUGAUCUGCUGGGUGAAGGUGGAUUUGGUUCUGUGUAUGAGGCGAGACGUUUGGAGGAUGACCUUAAAGUGGCGGUCAAAUAUGUUAAUAAGACCGAAACCUACAGGCCAAGUUUAUACAUUGCUGGAUAUCAGCAACUCGUUCCACUGGAGAUCGCCCUCACAAUCCUGGCUAAUAAAGGCCCCAGAGUGCCAGAGAUCAUCCAGCUGCUGGACUGGAAGGACUACAAUGACCAUUUCGUCAUGAUCCUUGAAUGUCCCUCUCCUUGCGAGACUUUGGAAGACUUUGUGGGGCGUCAGGGUGGACGUCUCAACGAGAGCUUAGCACGGCGAGUCAUGAUGCAGGUGACUAAAGCUGCGAACGUGUGCUGCCAGCGCCAAGUGUUCCACCGUGACAUCAAACCGAGCAACCUUCUCAUCAACAACCAGACACUUGAAGUCAAACUAAUUGACUUUGGGUGUGGGGACAUUCUGAGGACAACUGUCUACAUGUCAUACUCUGGCACAGCAACAUACGUCCCUCCUGAGUUUUACAUAAAGGGAAAGUACCACGGCAAGCCUGCGACGGUUUGGUCACUGGGGGUUCUGUUAUUUAAAAUAGUGGCCGGAUAUUAUCCAGGUUUCUUAGAUCUGCACAUGCUCAAACUGCAUCUCUGGUCCCAAACUGGUCUGUCAAAUGAAUGCUGCAGAUUGCUCCGUGCUCUCCUGCAAAUAAAGCCAAAGAACCGAAUUCAGCUGGAGGAAAUCCUUUCGCACAAGUGGUUUACGGUCACCACAUAA